UGUGUCAUUCGCCAGCGGUCUCUGAGGUUGACCUGAAUAUCCUGGCAAAGAGAGGGCGCGCAGGAAAGCAACGGGAAAGAUAGAUCUCUAGAUCAUGGAAAAUAGCGACAAUCAAAACAUUGAAGUUUUGUGUAGCAGUGUUCUUAUACGUGAUUGAAAACCAUUAGUUUGCCAAAGCGACUAGCUAGCUUACGAGAUAGCCAACUGCUAAAUCGCUAGCAAACACUUAAAAGUAAGGAAUCGCGACGGCCUUGUCAACUUGGCUAGCUACUAGCUAGCUAUCAAGCUCGCUGUGUUAGCUAGCUGCAUAGCUACACAGGCCUAACGUUUGCUUGAGGCUAUACUCUACAAAGAUUACAAGACAUUACAAGAAGGAAUGAGUGAUGACCUCUGUAGUGGUGGCAGACGGAGGAGGGAACGUGGUGGAGUAUGUAACUGUGAUUGAGGAGGAGCAGAGUGAGACUCCUGGGGAUGAGGGCCAAGAGGAGAUGGUGGUGAUGGAGGAUGAGGAGGAGGUGGAGCAGGAGGAGGCAGAGUGUCCUGCUGUCAUCGUGGAGGAGGUGCCCAGCGCACAGGUGGAGCAGUGCUAUGCUGCCCAGGUGCUGGUGUACGACGAUGAGACCUACCUGAUGCAGGGCGUGGCAGAAGAGCAGGAGGUGGUGACGGAGGUGGUGGAGACCGUGGAAGUGUCCAGUCACGGGGACAUGGUGUGUUUCGACAAAACCUUUGAGGCUGCCGAAGCUCUCCUGCACAUGGAAUCUCCGUCUGGUGUACUUCAUGACCGUCACGCAGUAGAAGAUGUGAUGAUGGAGACGGUGGUGGAGGUGUCUACAGAGUGUGAAACCAUAGAGGAAGACACCUUCCCCAUCCCCCCAGACUGUGAGCCUGCAGUCAAGAAGAAGAGAGGUGGUGGUAGGAGGCCUAAGACUCACCAGCCUGCGUCCAACGGCUCCAUCGACUUGGGGAUAAGGAAGAGACCCAGGGAGGGGAAGGGCAACACAACGUACCUGUGGGAGUUCCUGCUGGACCUGCUCCAGGACAAGAACACGUGUCCCAGGUACAUCAAGUGGAUGCAGAGGGAGAAAGGCAUCUUCAAACUGGUGGACUCAAAGGCCGUGUCCAAGCUCUGGGGAAAGCACAAGAACAAGCCUGACAUGAACUACGAGACCAUGGGCCGGGCGCUCAGAUACUACUACCAGCGGGGCAUCUUGGCCAAGGUGGAGGGCCAGCGGCUGGCCUACCAGUUCAAGGACAUGCCCAAGAACAUCCGAGUCAUCGAUGACGAGGAGGGGGAGGAGGGAGAGGAGGAUGAGGGCAUGGCCUCCGAGCACCAGCAGGCUGUCAACGCCCUCACCUCCGACACGGCAGCCAUGCCCGUCCAGACUCAGCAGAGCUACGUCACCGUCAUCCCCUCAGCAACGGGCUCCAGUAUAUGUAGGACUCUUCGCGCCAUGCCCGUUGUCAUGACAAACUCUCUGGGCCAGGUGACGUUGAACACCUCACCCAUCUUCACCAGUGCCGUCCAAGCACCCGUCACCGUUGGCAACGUGGGGGCUCCAACUAAACUCGUGAUCCAGGCCAUGCCCACCAUGAUGCCAGCAGGGACCAAGAGUGGAGACAAAAUCACCAUCAUCACUAUUCCUGCUAACCAGCUAGCCUCGCUAAUGCAGGCUAACUCCUCAGGCCAACUAACCCAGUUCAUCCAGGCUAAAUCAAUAAGCCAGUUAGCGCAAGCUAAACCCACAAUGCAGUUAACACAGGCAAGGCCACCAGCCACCCAGAUUAUACUGGCUAAAACUGCUGUGUCCCCAGCCCCUGCACAACCCCUGGCAUUUCAGCCCCCGGUCCAAGUCCCUCUUGUAGCGAACCCUCAGCCCUCCCUUUCCACGGUCACCACCAACAUCCCUGUGUCAGCGACUCCAUCCCCAGUACCCACCGCCCUCAAACAAAACCCUGUUUCAUCCCAAACCACAGCAUCCCUGGAAUCUGACCUGCCCCCCUCAUCAGAGGACAGACAGUCUCCCAAGCCCAGCGCUUCAUCUUCAGCUCAGAACCCAGAGCCCCCGUCCUCCUGAGAGGGGUCCCCCUCAGGAUUAUCUGCGGUUGGUGGAGGUCAGAGAGCUUCUGACUCUGGACACUGUGAAGAUGAGCCCCUCUCACCAUCACCAACCCCCAUCUCCACCCCACUCCUCCUGCUGGACAAGGGAGCUGUCGGGAUUUAGACCCUUAGAGAGGAACUCCUUUCUGGGUUGGACUUAGCUGAGACUCCCCUACCUCGAGCUAGUCCUGGUCCACAACUGGAACUGAUGGCACAUCCUCCGCUCAGUUUGUCAGUCAGCAACUGACAACAGGAAGGAAGGAACGUUCUGCCUACACGCUUUAGAGCUCAUGGAAUCCUUAAAAAGAUGGGCUGCCUUAGAUUGUAAAUUAAAAAUCUUUUUUUGUAAACAAAAACAUAAUAUAAAAAAAAAAGCCUGACAAGAUUUUGUGUAAUGAAAUGAAAAAAAACAAACAAAAACAACUUUUUGAUAUUUUGCAGCAAGACUAUGUAUGCAUUUGAGGUUCAAUGCAAAGAAGUUCUUUCUGUCAUAUAGUUUGAAUCCUUGCUUUUCUUCCUAGGGGGCUCAUUUCCCUGUCUAGUCUUCAUACUCUCAGCCCAUUCCUCAUAGCACUCUACCCUGUCACUUGUCUUUUCUGUUUUUUACCAUAGGGGGAAAAAGGGAGUGAAAGGUUGCCCGUCUGUCAAUAUGGAACUAGAUAAGUGUACUCCACGUUUGAAGUAUAUGCUAUUUUCUUGUACUCUCAAAGUGAAUUGAAGUAGAUUUUACUGAAAUAUGUAUUAUAAAAAAACAAAUAUUAAUGGAA